GAAAUAACAAUGUAAUUGUGAUUUAAUUUUUAAUUACACAAAUUUACUAUGAUUAUUAUACUACCGUAUUACCGUAAUCACUAAUCAAUGUCGCGAUAUAUCACACUUGCAACGACGAAAACAAAAACAAUAAUAACGCGUGCGGCAUGUAGGUACUUGCACGGUAUAAUAUAAUAUAAUAAAAUAAUCAGUCGCAUGUACGCGUAUAAUAUUAUGAACGGCACGCCCGAAGUGUGCUAUACUAUAAUAUUAUUGUAGUGUUUUUCGUUCUCGUCGUGUUCUGUCGGCAUGCAAUAAUAAUAAUAAUAAUAUUAAUAAUAUUAUAUUAAUAUUUAUCGCGUUUUGUUUCGACCGGCGACUGUGUUUGCGUCCGGCCAGUUACACCAGACGUGCGAGUAUACCGAGUAUAGUUUACCGGCGUGAAAAUGAGGCUGAUUAUAAUGGAUGAUGCAAACAAAGUUUCAGAAUGGGCUGCCAAAUAUGUAGUAAAGAGGAUAAAACAUUUCAACCCAGGACCCGACAGAUAUUUUGUUUUAGGAUUACCAACGGGUGGAACGCCAUUGGGUAUGUACAAGUACUUGAUCAAAUAUUAUAAGGCCGGAGAUAUUUCGUUCAAGUACGUCAAGACUUUUAAUAUGGAUGAAUACGUGGGAAUACCAAGAGAUCACGUGGAGAGCUAUCAUCAUUAUAUGAUGACAAAUUUUUUCACGCACGUCGAUAUAGAUCCAAAUAAUGCACAUAUCCUGGAUGGCAACGCUGCAGAUUUGCACGCAGAAUGCAUGCAUUACGAACGGCUGAUAGAAGAGGCUGGUGGAGUUCACUUGUUUAUAGGAGGCAUCGGCCCGGACGGUCAUAUAGCGUUCAACGAGCCUGGCUCGUCAUUGGUGUCCAAGACUCGAGUGAAAACUUUGGCCAGAGAGACAUUGGAGGCAAAUGCAAGGUUUUUCGACAACGACAUUGAUAAAGUUCCCAAACGGGCACUAACGGUUGGCGUAGGAACGGUUAUGAAAGCUGAAACGGUCAUGAUAUUGAUCACGGGAUCACACAAGGCGUUCGCUCUGCAUAAAGCCAUUGAGGAAGGCAUCAAUCACAUGUGGACUGUUUCUGCAUUUCAACAACAUCCAAAAACAAUUAUUCUAUGCGACGAGGAUGCUACAUUAGAAUUGAAAGUAAAGACAGUGAAAUAUUUUAAGGCCUUAGGCGCUGUUCAUGAAAAGCUCAUUGAAGAAGACAACUCAGAUUCAUAA